AUGAGAACGCUCCGUUCAGCCAUUGAAAACUGUCCUCGGAACCGCGAUGUCGCCCGCCUUCCACAACCACCCUGCUCAUACACCGCCUACGCCGUCCUCGAACCCGGCGGACAGUUGCAGAGGAUCACCAUCCCGUGGAAGUGGCCCCGCGCCGGCGAGUCGUCGUCAAGUGCUCGCGUGCGGCGUCUGUGCGACGUGAGUGCGCUCGCCUGCGAGACGAGAUCUGCGCGAAGCAAUCAUGCCGACCACGUUCCCGCGCAUCCCCGGGCACGAGAUGUCGGGGACGUCGUCGCGAUCUCGUGCCAGGAGCGCCUCUGGCGCGUCGGCCAGCGCGUCGGUGCGGGCUGGCACGGGGGGCAUUGCGGCGUGUGCGCGCGGUGCCGCGCGGGCGACUUCUACGUGACCCUGCGGUCCGAGGCGGUCGUCGCGGUCCCGGAGGACAUGGACCCGGCUGAGGCGGCGCCGAUGUUGUGCGCUGGCGUGACGGCGUUCAACUCACUGCGCCAUAUGAACGUUAUCUCGCCAGACAUUGUUGCUGUGCAGGGGAUCGGGCAUCGGCCACCUCGCCAUCCAGAUUCGGCCGCGCUCGGCUUCCGCACGGUGGCUCUCUCGACCGAUGGCGUCAAGGAACAUGCCGCCCGCACACUCGGAGCGGACGACUUCAUCCGCACGCGCACCGACGGCGAUCUCGCCGACCAGGUCCUCCCGGAAGCGCACGCAGGACACGACCCGGUGGCGUCCCUCGUCGAGCGUGGCGGCGCCAAGCGCUCUGCCGUAGACGGCACUUUGCUCGUCCUCGCUGCCGAGACCGCCCCGAUGCCCAUUCCUCCCCUGGCCCUUCUCGUCAAGCGUCUCAGUGUGCGUGGCUGGGCGGUGGGCUCGCCCAAGGACACGGAGGAUUGCUUCGCGCUCGCUCGCGCCAAGGGAAUCAAGUGUUUUGUGGAGCGUUUCCCGCUGCACAAGGCUCCGGAGGCGUUCGAACGCUGCAAGACCGCACGCUUCCGGGCGGUUAUAGUCCCUGGGAUCAGCAGCGCCGUGUAG